GGCCCGCCCAAGCCAGUGCACGAGCCGCCUCCCCAGGCCAAGGAGGGCUUCACUAGAGACACGGGCGAGGAUUUCGUACUCAUCUGCCCAAGCUGUGACGAAGAGCUUGCCUACGAUCCCGACGUCGAGGAUGAGAACGGGCCACCUACCAAGAAGGCGCGCACCCGCAAGGACAAAGCUGAGCAUCACUUCUGGGCUGUCAAGGCCUGUGGUCAUGUCUACUGUAAGCGCUGCUACGACAACCGCAAGCCCAGCGCUAGAAACCCCGUGAAGGUUGGUUUCAAACCCCCUCCAACCGAUCAGCGAAAACUCAUGUGCGCUGUGGAUGGGUGUGAGAGCGAGGUUAGUACUAAGACCGCGUGGGUUGGCAUCUUUCUGUGA